AUGUUUCUACUAUCAACUAUUAACUGGCCUAUUGCUGUAGUUGUAUGUGUAUCAAUUGGUCUUGCUGGUGUACUUGUACUUUAUCUUAUUGUACGUAUUCGUUCAAAUCAUCGACAACAUAAUCCCAAUACAAAUAUUGGUGAUGAUAUACAUUCACAAAUGGAAUGGGAAGAUGAUAUUGGACUUAAUAUUAUUGUUAAUCCAUUAGAUGAAACUAAAAAGCCUGUUCAAUCAAUAAAUAUGCAAAAUAUAGAACAAACAAUGAAUCAAUAUCCAGAUGAAAGUUCGGACGAUGAAGGUGUAGAAUAUGAAAAUGAUAAUAAUAAUCAUCAUGAAUAUUCAUCUGAAGAUGAUGAUGAUUAUGAAAAUAAACGAAUACGUUCAAACAAACAUAAGCAUCAAUUAGAAUGGGAUGAUGCAGCUAUUGAAUAUGGACCAAAAAAAGUUUGA